UAGCCUCGUUAUGGAAACGCGACUUACAAGAAAGCUGUCGUGAGCAUCCAUCUUUGUUUAUCUUCUAGUUUUUGGCAACUGACGGGAGGAACAUGAAUCUGCCGUUAUGAUGAAAAAACGGUUCAAAGAUGUCACUUGAGAAGGCAGGGGACAUUGCUUGGCUUAUAAUUGUUGCAUUGGUGUGGGGAAUAACCAAUGCUUUUAUGAAAACAGGUGUCAAAGGUCUUGAAAAAGUGAGAACAAAUUCACUUGUUUCUCAAGUCAUAGCAGAGCUUUUAUAUCUACUCAAGAAUUGGAGGUACAUGGCACCAUUUAUUAUCAACCAAGGUGGAUCACUUCUGUUCUAUAUUGCUGUAUCAAAAAAUGAUAUAUCAUUUGCUGUUCCUCUGGUAAAUUCACUUACACUAGUUUUUACGUUGAUAACUGGAUAUUGCCUUGGUGAGAAACUCGGAAAAGAGGUUGUCUUUGGUAUUAUGAUGGUCAUGGUUGGUGUAACAAUCUGCAUAAGUGAUAAAUCUGGAUAGCUGCAGGCAAAGAUCAAUUCUGUAGUUGAAUAUACAAAUCCUGUGAUGAAAUUAAAGAUGAUGUUCCUGGGAAGAUGAUAAUAUUGUAAAGGGAAUUUCGAUUAAAAGCCAUGCAGCUGGAACAAAAACUAGUCUUAAAAGCCAGUCAUACUGUCUUGCCAUUUGCAUUACAUAACUUUUUUGGAGUCAUGUAAGAUACAAACAUCUGCACUUUGAA